ACAGAGGCAAUCGUUGUUUGGGAUUUUUUGGUGGCUAUUCAUUGAGAGGUCAUGCCUCCGCCGUCGCCUCGAGAUCUUCGUCCUCGAUCAGACAGUCACGACACGCAGGACACAGGGGAUGCCGAGCUGGGAGAGAUUAAUAUUCCCGACUCGACGGACGCCAGCGUUCCCCGUAGUUUUAUUCGGAAAAAAGACAAAUUAAGUACGAGUAACACGAGCAUAUCUUCCAGUAAUUCUACUCGACGAUGUAAUUCAGAAUGGCACUCCGCUGUAUCCAGCCACGACGGGGAGGACCUGAAGCCACCGGGGACACCAUCACAGAUACAUCUCAUGUCCUCCAUGCAUUCUCAGGUGGUGAAUGUUGUUCACCAUGUUCAAGACUAUCUCCAUCACAUGCCCAAGUGGCAAUACCGCCUGCUUUUAUGCACUGUCAUCAUCCUUUUUGUCUCCCUCGUCCUGGUCUUGACCGUUUCGGUGCUGUACGGCUUCAACAUGGCCCUGCCACACAUACGAGUGACGAACGUCCGUCUCGCCCUCCCCCCACCACACGUGGACUCUGCCGGCCACAUUCCCAUCGUCUCCACCAUCCUCUUCUCCAAUCCCAACUCCUUCUUCACCACCUCCAGCCUCUCGCCUAUACGCAUCUACGCCCUCCCCUCCCGCUCCCCCGAGAGCCUGCUGGCCCUCACCGCGCCUCGGACCAUCCGGCUGGCCGGGCACGAGGAAGGCUAUUCUUUUGACGUGAACUUCACCUUGAAGGACGUGGGGAGCAUCGAUGGGGGGAACGCCACGGUCGCAGCGGUUUUGGAGGGCCAAAAUUGUCUGCUCUACACGACAAGUACUAGUAAAAUCACCGUGAAGGGCUUGGGACUCAUUCCUACCAGCCGGAAUUUCAAGGUGGAAUGCACGGUGCUAAGAAAGUGGGGCGAGAACCCCCUGACCCUCAGCGAUUGCUACGGGCGCUUUUACAAGGGAUAGUCCAGGUUCGAAGGGGCGAGGAUAUGGUCUGGAUAGAGUAGUGAGGCAGUAAAUUAAAGCGAGUUGGAACUUUUGAAGUGGCAACCGAGAGGGUUGUCAGGAAGGGAGGCGGAGGGCGGUCGACGACGACAAGUUUUGAGUUGUGCUCCGAGGAGGCUCUCGUGUAUAGGAGGGACUUCAGCCGGGACGUGCAGGC